AUGUCUCGGAUAAGCUCACAGGCGAUGAUCUUGACAGCUGGAUUUGAUGCUACGACAAGAAAUAAAACUUCAUUGCAUGGAAUGACAUUGUCUUCAGUCUGUUCUUUAUCAACGAGUCCUAUACCUUUAUUACAAUUUAAUCUUCAUUUACCUUCUUAUACUUCACAAUCAUUACAUGAGAACAAUGGUAUAUUGGCGAUUCAUUUAUUACCACCGACACCUAAAGCGGUAAGACUAGGAAGAAUCUUUGCCAGUGGAGUGAAAAGAGAAACGAAAAAGUUGAAUUAUACAUAUUUAGACACUUCUGAGCAGGAAUUAGAGGAUGGAGACGUUUUUCAUGAAAUGACUACACCGUUUAACAAUAUUUCAAAUGAUGACUGGAAAGAAUAUAAGUUUACAGACAAAUUGAGUAUACCAAUAAUCAAAGAAGCAGAAAGAGUAUUUAUAUGUAAAAAAAGACAAGUUUUUGAAGUCGAUUCCCAUGAAAUUUGGGCAGUGGAAGUAUUGGAGAUUACCAGCCCUAAUAAUAACUAUAAUAUUGCACAUAAUGAGGAUAAGACAGGAGGAUUGCUCUACUACGAUAGAAGCUUUCAUAAAAUUGGUGAUGCAUUGCGUGAAUACUAA